AUGACAGCCUCAUCCAGCUGCACAUCACCGCAAUUACCGCCAUAUCUGCCAUCAACGACAAACAAACCUGCGCAACUGCCCCGCGCGUAUCUCAAUGGGACACAAGAUAUGCUUAGCUUGUUUGGCUUGAUGCCCAUAUACGACCGUGCUGUACGUCCAUACAAUCCAGACACAGUAAAAGGCGACAAGGCUGGGUCGACAUGCGCGAAUGUAGCAGAAGCAACGGCUACCACAUCAUCCAACUCGAAAGCGACAGGAGAAGCACAGGGCGCUACGCCAACAGUAGCAACAGGCUCAGGCUCAGGAUCAGCAACGGCGCAAGGAGCAACACCAGGAUUGCAUACAGCUAAUGCAACCCCUCGUUCCGGAAAGCCAGCAACAAGAGGGACAGCCAACCAGACUUCUCUUGCUUUUCAUGCUUCUCAUGCUUCUCAUGCUUCUCAUGCUUCUCAUGCUUCUCAUGCUUCUCAUGCUUCUCAUGCUGCCUCUAGCACCGGUCGCAUCUCUACGCCUGCACUUCAACUCAACGGAGGCGCACCUACAUUCUCACUCCACACGCAUUCCUCCGCUAUCCUAGCUGCAUCACCUGGCCAACUGGCAGCGUCAGCAGCAUCAGCUGCACCGGCACGGAAAGCAAGCAAACCACCAGCCACCUACGCACACUAUGUCGAAGAUCUCGCCGGUCGAGUUCGUCCUGCCUCGAAACGUGCCAGGGCAGCAAAAGCGGAAAAGGGGACUUGGCUCAUCUCGAUCCUCUUCAAACCAGAGUAUACACCACAAAGAAUAGUGCCCUUCGAUCGAGAAACGAUGCAGGCUGCAUUCAGUCUAGAGCCUGGACCUGUGCCGGAGAUCGAUCAAGCACAGUUGGAGCCAGAUGAAGAAGAAGCCGUAAGGCCAAAGAAGAAAAAGAAGAAGAUCAAGCAGGAGGGUGGUGGUGGAGGUGGAGAUGGUGGAGAUGGUGGAGAUGGUGGUGGUGGAGGUGCGGUACAGGCGAGUUGGGGGCCUUCUUCUGCUGCAAGGACUCCGGUGAGGAGGUGA